AGAAGUGGGCUGAAGCUGUCGGUCGUGCUCCGCGUUCGUGCUGCGCGUUCGUGCUCCGCGCGACACAGGAACCGGCGCAAGGCGCCGUGGAGAUGCGGCCCUCUCGCGCCGACAUAAAGUACAACUGCUGGGUCCCGUCCAGCGGGCUCUCGUCGCCCGCUGUCACCGUCAUCAGUCAGUUCCAACUCAGCAACGCGACGCAGGCGAGCUUUGUCACCAACAACCGGCUGGCUUGGGCGGCGGCCCAGCGGUACCGCUACUGUGAGCUUGGCGUCCGGCCCGACCAGCUCCGGCAGAGCUGGGCGUGGGCGCGCAUCCCGCUGCUCCUCGCGACGCUGCGCUGCUCCGACUACGUGGUGCACCUCGACGCGGACGCGUUUGUGAUGCGGCCCGAGUGGGGCGUGGAGAGCUACCUGCGGCAGAUGCAGGAGCGGCGCGCGAGCCUGCUCGUCACGCGGGACUACCUCGACCUCAAGCGCUCGCCGAUCAACUUUGGAGUCCACAUCGCGCGAGCGACCGACUGGACGCUGCGCUUCUUCUCGGAGAUCUACAACAUGUGCGCGUGCGACUCGGCGAAGCUGCUCAACUGGCCCGCCGAGCAGGGACUUGUCGUCGAGUGGCUCCAGGCGCGCGGGCACGACCCGCUCACGGGCGGCGGCCCAGUCCUCGUCAUCGACAAUGCGGGGCUCAACCGGUUCCACUACCCGAGCUGGGACCACAAGCGAGGGGAGAGCGCGGUGCCGGCGCAGGCGCACAUCGUCCACUACGCAUGCUGUGUGCCCGCCAGGCCGCCAGCCGGCGGCAAGCGCAACUCGAGGCACGGCUUCGACCGCUCCUUCGACGCGCGCAUCAACGCCGCCAUCGGCGACUUCGCCCGCAUCCACGCGGCCAACCUCAGCGCGGCGGGAGGGGUGCGAGUCAUGCUGCAGCCGCCCGCCCGCUCGACGGCGGAGGGCGGCGCCGCCGCUCCGCCGGCGCCCCUCCCGUGGGGCGGCGCCAUGCAGCUGGCGUCGAGCCGCUGGCCGUGCGCCGCCGUUGGCCGCAGAGAGGUUGGCUCGGUGAGGCACAGCGGGUACUUGCGCGGCGUGGGGACGCACCUCGGCUCGCUGCUGCACAUCGAGGAAAGCGCAGACGAGGAGGACGCCAAGGCCGCGGCAGAACUCGACGAGCCCGCGCGCCACCGCGGGGCGAGAGGGCUGCAGCGCCGCCGACUCGACGCGUUGCGGCGCGUGGCUGUCAUCAGCACCGUGUGUCCUGCCGCAGCCGUGGGCAAGUGCAGAGUCGUCGGGCCGGCUCCGCCUGAUAGAUGAGAGCGUGGCCGAUGCGGUACGAGUCUGGAGUCUCUUCUUGAGAGACUGAGGCGGUUUUGGUCACACUCUUAUAUGGGUC